GGUAAAUUGGACAAAGAAAAAACCAUAUACAAAUACGUCUAUUCCUCUCCACCACCACCACCACCACCACCAUCUAAGCCAUACAAAUACGCUUCUCCACCACCACCAGUUUACAAAUACAAGUCCCCACCUCCACCCGUCUACUCACCACCACCACCACCAGUUUACAAGUACAAGUCCCCACCUCCACCACCAGUUUACAAGUACAAGUCCCCACCUCCACCCGUGUACUCACCACCACCACCACCAGUUUACAAGUACAAGUCCCCACGUCCACCCGUUUACUCACCACCUCCACCAGUUUACAACUACAAGUCCCCACCUCCACCCGUCUACUCACCACCUCCCCCGGUUUACACGUACAAGUCACCACCUCCUCCCGUCUAUUCACCACCUCCACCAGUUUACAAGUAUAAGUCUCCUCCUCCUCCUGCUUACUCACCACCUCCACCACAUUAUAUCUACUCUUCACCACCUCCUCCUCCUCCUCCUUACCACCACUAAAUGGUGGUUUACGAUAGUAUCCCACCGUAUACUUCUUCCUAUGUACAACCCACACAAAAUACAUAAUAUUUAAAAUAUUUUUAUAUAAUUCAAUUACAGUGCUUAUAAUAUUAAUCCGAUAAAUAUCUAGUUGGGCAUAGCUUCAAAUAAAAAAAUUUGGUAACACACAUAAAUGAUAAAAUUUACCAGAUAAAAAUUUAGUGACAUCAUAUCCUUUCUUUUUUAAAUUUUAUCAUUGAUGUGUGUGCGUUUAAAUAAAGUGUUGUUGCUUUUGGAAAUAGGUUUAAAUGCGAAACUACAUAUACCUUUUAAAGUUUUAAUUUAAAAAAUUGGAUUGUUAAAAUAUUAUCAUUGGCAAUUUGUAACAAAAAAAAUGAGACCUGAUGCAGAAGGUGAGUCAUGAGGUCAUCCACUAUACAAUAUGAUCACAUUAUGAUCUUAUUAAUUUUGUUUGAUUUAAAAUUUCAAGCGAUUAAUAAUCCUAAUAAACAGUUUUAGCUAGAUUAUAUAAUGUUUAAGGCAAAACCAUUUUCUUAAUGAAAGAUAUUGAUAUAUUUAUGUGUACAUAUACU